AUGGCCCCCAAGAGCAAGAAGCAAGGUGACACCAUCAACUCGCGCCUGGCGCUUGUGAUGAAGUCCGGAAAGGUCACCCUUGGCUACAAGUCUACCAUCAAGACCCUGCGUUCCGGCAAGGCCAAGCUGGUUAUCAUCGCCGCCAACACUCCUCCUCUCCGCAAGAGUGAGCUCGAGUACUACGCCAUGCUCGCCAAGGCUCCCGUCCACCACUUCUCCGGCAACAACAUCGAGCUCGGUACCGCCUGCGGUAAGCUCUUCCGUUGCAGCACCAUGUCCGUCCUCGAUGCCGGUGACUCCGACAUCCUCAGCGGCCAGUAA